AUGGCAGUCCCAAUUCACAUUACUGGCCUCUCCGACCGCGAAGCCUGCAUCGACACAUUCCUCCGCUUCACGCAAGGCUUAGACGAAUGCAACAAACAACUAAUUGCAUCCUCAUGGACCGAGGACGCCGUACUCGACCUAACGCCCAUGCGAAAAAUCGGUCUUUCAUCCGGUGUCACCUCUACACGCGAUGCCAUUGUUUCGCAAACCCUCAACGGUGUGGGAUCCAUGGACUCACACCAUCUUGUUAGUAACUGGAGAGUGCAUAUACUGCAAGGCGAUACGGCUUACAUGACCGGUGUGGGUUUGGCACAGCAUUAUCCGCCCACACUCGGUCCUCGGCCGGAGGUGGACAAUCGAUUGCUCAUGGCCAAUCGGUACAAUGUUGAAUUACGUAGGGCGGAAGACGGCCUUUGGAGGAUGUCGAGGUUGACUAUCACAAACAGUUGGACUGAGGGGAAUCUGGCGGUUAUGACGAACCAUUGA